AUUGUCUUUCUCGAAUCUAAUGCUUCGAGUAAUCGAGUUAUCCAAUUCGAACAUCCAUUAUCCGAAUAAAAUCUGAUUCGCUUAUAAGAUAUCCAAAGCAAACAUUGAGCAGCCGAAGAGUCUGUAUGUGUGCGUAUUGGUGUGCAUGCAAUUCGACAUUCUUGCGUUUCUCUCGCUAUCGAAUUUGAGGUUAUGUGCUGGUCACCGCCGGUGGAGAGGUUAUGUCCGGCAGUGGUGUCACGCGUUGAACGAUGAACAAGUUGUUGUCUACAUCGAUUAAGGAAGUCAGUCAGAAGAUUUACGAUGGUGCGGUGCGACCAUCCGAGAUUUGUAGAGCUUCCAUUAAGUUAACUUCACUCGUCAAGCCUUUAAAUGCGUAUAUUACUGUGACAAGCGACGUUGCGGGUAAACAGGCUAGCGAUGCCGAUGCGAGGCAACGGCAAAAUUCUUUGCUGGGACAACUUGACGGCAUUCCAAUCGCUAUAAAAGAUAAUUAUUGUGUCAAGGAGAAACCUACGACUUGUGCCUCUCGGAUGUUAGCCAAUUUUUCGCCCGCUUACGAUGCCACGGUCUACGAGAGGCUCAGGAAGCAGGGAGUUGUCUUGAUGGGUAAGACUAAUCUCGACGAGUUCGCCAUGGGCUCGGGCACCGUGGACUCCUUUUACGGACCAACAAAGAAUUUAUGGGGCUCGGAGAUGUUGUCAGAGUUUUAUUCCUGUGAGCGCGACGGUCCAUCGGUAACCACAUGGCAGCCGCAUGAAAGAGAUGCAUGGCGCAUAGCAGGUGGCAGUAGUGGAGGUUCCGCAGUUGCAGUAGCUACAGGUACCUGUUACGCGGCGUUGGGCUCCGAUACUGGUGGUUCUACUCGCAACCCUGCAUCUUAUUGCGGUCUAAUCGGUCUGAAACCGACUUACGGUUUGGUGUCGCGUUACGGUCUUAUCCCUCUGCUGAAUUCCAUGGAUGUGCCUGGUAUUCUCGCGAGGACAGUAGACGACAGCAUAUUAAUCUUGAACGCUAUCGCCGGUACCGACCCCGCAGAUCCGACUACUGUGCAACGAGAGUAUACUCCAAUCAACUUGCCCGAAACGAUCAAUGUUAGCAAUCUCAGGAUUGGCAUACCAAAAGAAUACGGAGUGCAGGGUAUAAGCGAGGAGAUUCAGGCGUGUUGGCAAGAGGUCUCUCGUCAUUUAGAAGAAGCUGGAGCCAGCGUUGUCCCAGUGUCACUACCUCACACAGAUUACUCUAUAGUAUGUUAUUCGGUUCUGAAUCGAUGCGACGUAGCAAGCAAUUUGGCUUGUUACGACGGCAUAGAAUACGGUCACCGAGCCGACGAGUGGAGCUCGGCUCACGAAAUGUAUAAGAAAACUAGAUCAGAAGGCUUCAACGAUGUCGUCAAGGGUCGCAUACUAGUCGGAAAUUAUUUCCUCUUGGCGGAGAAUUACCAGGAGUAUUAUGUCAAGGCGAUGAAGAUACGCAGAUUAAUUACGCAGGAUUUUGACGUUCUAUGGAACAAUAAUAUAGAUCUUUUACUCACCCCGACGACGUUAACUGAAGCUCCUAUAUACAAUGAAUUCACGCAGUUAGAUAACCAGACGCAAUGCUUGAUUCAGGAUCAUUGUACACAACCCGCGAACAUGGCAGGUUUGCCCGCGAUCAAUGUACCGAUUAAGCUCUCUCGCAAAGGGUUACCCUUGUCCUUGCAAUUAAUAGCACCGCUCUUUCACGAGCAAAGGCUGCUUACCGUGGCAAAGUGGAUCGAACAGACGAUGCGAUUUCCAAGACUCGAAUUGAAAAAUUCAUGUUUGCUCGAAUAAAGUAAAUUUCCACACAAACAAUGUGUGGUAUCUUCUUUUAUCAAUCUCAAACUUUUUUAAAUUAAAUUUUUUAAAUAAAACUCUGUAUUCUGUAAAUUCCCAUGAUUUACGAUCGAUUUACGUCGGUUGUUCGCAAACUUCUGUCAGCAAACUGUCAGCUUUUACAACUGGACCUUUUUACACAUCCCUUUGGACAUCACGGGGGGGGGGGGGGCAGAAUGAGAACGAGGAUUAGUACAUAGGUCUCGUCGCGUAGCGCAAUGGCUGUAAGGUCAUGCAACGCAAACAAAUUAUACUCCGGUGUGCCAUCGGCCAUAUCCGAAAUUCUAUUCGUCGAGUAAUGGUAUUUGCCUUGCACCCAAACGACCCUCGCCUCAUUUCAUUGCGCUGUAACACGCGUAAUGCGUGAAAGCGAAGCUUAAAAAUAUGAUUUUUUCUGCUAGAAAAUAAAUUUUUCUUUUUUUUCCAAGUAAACAUUAUUUCAAAUAAAUAUUAUUGCAAAGCAAUUCCGAUUUUUAUUUUGAACAAAUUUUUUAUGACGGAUCCUCGUGUAUUUUGUAUUUCCUUUCCAUCAAACUCGAUUCAAUUUUCUCGACUAUAGAUCCUUAUUUUCAGCGAUUGCUUUAUUUCGAGUAGGCGAGUGCUGCACAACGAAGCUCUGACAUUUCGAGCUUCAUUGUUCCCCGAGGACCCGCGGGUGAUUCGAGCGACGAACAAACAAGCGACAACAUGCACGUGCAAAAUCUAUUCACGUGACGCACUGACGCCUUCGGUAAUUAGAUCGUUGUGACAUUUCAGUCUGGUUCAUUGCUCACAGCUGAUUCUGCUGUUAAUUUCACCGUGAAAUUUGUUACUACAUAUCAAAUCACGCACAAUUAUGGAAAAUAAUAGUAUCAGACCAUAUAACAAGUUUGGAAUUAAUAAUAACAACUUUUAGAUU